AUGAACGAAUCGCAGCAGCCGCGUAAACGUGCCGCCAAACUAUUCCACAAAAAGUCCCGUACUGGCUGUCAGCAAUGCCGAAGUCGUCGUGUCAAGUGCGAUGAGACGAAACCUAUAUGCUCACACUGCGAUCGCCUUGCAUUGACAUGUAUAUAUGAUCGCGCUCAGUCCGAUACCAACUCUGCGUCGCCGACUGAAAGUGGAGGACAGCCAAGCAAGGCUGCGGAAACCAUCGUUGAUCCUCCAGAGUCAGAGUCUAGGAGACGGUUAGAACUCAGAUUGUUUCAUCACUACAUGGCAGAAACGGGUCCAUCUCUUUCUCUGGACCCUGCUACAGCGCAUUUCUGGAAUGCGACUAUUUGUCGACUGGCUCUUGAAUCAGACUCGACUCUCUAUGCGAUAUACAUGGUUUCUGCACUGCAUAUGCAGAAGAAAAAUACCAUGACAGACACAAAAGCUCUGGAUAUAUGCCAAACGUAUCUCAACAUGUCCAUCCGGGAACAUCACAGAGAUGUCGCCGAGAUCAAUCUCAGAAAUGUAGAGUAUAUUGUUCUGACCUCUAGUCUACUACGCGUCUACGGCUUCGCCAGACUGCAAGGCCGCUCACUAGAACCAUAUACGCCUCCCGUGGACUUUCUACGCAUCACAAAUACGAGCACCGCAUUAUUCAGAAAAGCAUUAGACUUCACACAAGACCACCCGGAGUCGGUAGCCAGCAAAAUGAUCGACAGCGCCGCGGAUCUCCUAGCAGAUCUGGAAUUCAAAGAACUCCCCUCUGACUUAUCACCACUUCUCAACUACGAAACCGGAGACAAGAAAACAGAAGAGGCCUACGCACGAGCGAUAACCUACAUAGGCAGUAUAAGAAAAGCACUAGACGAGAAGAACGUGGUUAAGAGUAUUGCACGAAGAACGAUUGUGUUUCCAAUGGUUAUGCAUAAGGAGUUUGCGGAUUUGGUGGAGGAGUUGAGACCGCGGGCUCUUGUUAUUUUGGCGUAUUAUUUUGGGUAUUUGUCUAUGUUGAGUGAAAUUUGGUGGGUUGGGGAUUCGGGGGUUAGAGAGAUUAGAGCGAUUGAGAGGGUUAUGCCGAAGGAGUGGUUGGGUUGGCUCGAGUGGCCGAGGAGUGUUGUUCGGGAUCAAGGUGUUAAGAUGGAGUGA